UGAUAUGGAUUAGGGUUUCGUUCCCACAGGAAUGCCAGAGCUCCACUUCCCCACUUCGAAGUGUGACGUUAUUCCUCAAUCCUCUCGCAUUCCUCCGCUGUUUGUUUGUUUCCCGAUGCUGCUGUUGCUCGCCAGUUCCAUGGAGAAGGUGCUGCUGGAGCUCAGGAAUCACGCAGCUUAGUGAGGAGGUAGAAUUCGUGCUUUUUAUGGAUAUGAUUGGUAUGUGAUUUUUGCAAGGUGAUUAGUGAGGUGAGUGGAUAUACAGCGUGCAGCUGAAAGCAAGAAAUUCCGAGAAACAGCGCAGAGAUUGGCAUAUUCGGAUAGCAGACUAAGAGCAGAAAAAUCUACGAGGUUUUUGGAGCAUUUAAAGAUGGCAGGGGUGGUUCGUAAUCGCUGUAGACUCGGAACUAACAGCAUAGGUGGUUAAUGAGGCUCUUUCCUUAGUUACACAGGUCUCCUACAUGCAAUGGAUUUAAGUCAGCAAGAAUUUCACGCCAAUAUGCGGGGCGGUCCUCCCCCAUCGCAGAGUUGGCACACUGAGGAACCCGACUCUAGUGGAUAUUAUUUGCAUCCCCGUGUCAAUGCACAUCGCUUUUCAAAAUCCGAUGGUCGACCAAGAAUGAGAAGUACGAUCAAUGGGCCAGGAUUUCCUCCGACCCCUAAGUAUUUCCCAGAGGACCCAAUAUAUCCACCAGGCUUUGACAGCAGCCAAAUGUAUCCUCCAGGCUUUGACAAAAGGCGUAAUUUCCCUGACGAAAUGAUCUUCGAAGAAUCUUUGGAGGUGACCUCAGUCAGGCCGUUCCUUCCUCAGAGAAGAGCCCCUUCUGGUGAACGUAACACAUCUCGUGCGUUCGAUGAAGUUUCUAGAGGAAAUAAUCAGGGCAGUAGGUUUGAAUCACGUGUUCCGUCUCAAAGCUCCCAAACAAAUAUUUUAGUAUUUGAAACCAAUGAGUUAGAUGCAUCUGAGGGAGGUCCGAGGGUAUUGUUGUCGCAUGACGGGAAUAUAAGGAAGAGGAAGAAAACAGGCGUUGAGGAUGUCCAAGCAGCUCAUGCAGACAUCAUUAAUCUAAGGUCAUCAUUUGAGAAGGCUCAGCCAUCUUCAAUUCGUUCCAGUGUUAUAGGAGGACCUUUUGUUCCUCGGACUGUUGGGGCCACAGCUCAGAAAUCAGCUUCUGCCUGUGAUAAGUACGAUAAAGCUACAAAACUUUGUCUCAAAUUGUGGAAAGAUCUUGACUUCGCAAUGAAACAGCGAGAAAAGACGUUGAGAGCAAAUGAGCAGAACUUUUCGGUAAGUGAUGUUAACAAAGAAGCGCUGGAGGAAGAGAAAAAACUGGCUGCUGCUAUGAAGGUUGAAGUAACGGAACAACGCCAAAGACUAGAGGAGGAGGCACAGAAAAUAAGAACGGAGAAGGAUGCCUUGGAGCGCAUAAGCACUGAUAUUGCUCUGCAGAUGGUAGAGCUUAAACAAAUACAGAAGCAGAUUGGAAAGGAGAAGGCGGCUCUCCUGGCACUAAAAUCAGAGUCUUCUGGAAAAAAGGGGCGUUCGAAGGAGCCGGAAUGUGUUACAACUACCGGGAAUAUACCACUCUGUGUAGUCAAAGCAGAAUCAGUCGGGCCAGCUUCUUAUGUGAAUACUACUUGUUUCAAUAAUACAAAUUGUGACUUGCAAUCAUGUGCAACUCCAAGUAACUUGAGGGUCGAAGAGCCAAGAACGACCGAAGCAUUGGCUGUAGUCAUGAACAGCAACAUGACUUCGAUGAGAGCCGGGCCUGGGACUUCAGAGGGGGUUACUGUACAGAGCUAUACAAGCAAGCUGGAGGAAAAUUCCAGUGAGGAUGACAUGGAUGACGUUCCACUUGCCACGAGACUUCGUUCGCAGCGGGUGGAAAAAACAAAGCAACGUGAGGACUUAGAAUCGUCAACAAGAAAAGUACUUAUUCAAAAGAAAGAAUCUCAAUUUCUGGGAGGCAAUUCACUGGUUAACGACUUUCAUAUGAAGAGAAAUAAAGUAGCGAUUGAAUUUGCGCUUCAGGAAGAUGCACCAGGCCUAUUAGAGCAAUUGGAAGAGAGAGGGCUGCUUGAAGACAUGGGUAUUUAUGAGGAUAUGACGGUGGAUAAUUUAUUGACUACAGAGAGCCCUGCAAGUGAGUUUGGAAAACUUGAGAGGGUGGUGGGCAAGCUUUGGGGACCAACUUCAGGACUCGCAAAGGAUCUCAUACCUCUUAAAGGACAAGGGUCAGGCAACAUGCCGCGUUACUGCCUUGCCUGUCUAUCAUCACUAAUUGAGCAGACUAGGUCAUUGCGUAAGCGAAAUUGGCCAGUGGAGUGGGGCUGGUGUAGACGCCUACGUUCAUUUCUUUUUGUUUUUGAAAAACACAACAGGAUUGUGUUGGAGCGACCUGAGUAUGGAUAUGCAACAUACUUUUUUGAGUUGGUUCAAAGCUUACCUGUAAAAUGGCAAACGCAGCGGUUGAUCGCGGUCAUGAGUGUCGCAUCAACCGGUCGUGCAGCCCUCUUAGAAAAUCGUCAGCUAGUGGUGGGUGUCGAUCUUACAGACGAUGAGGGAGCUAUCUUGGAAGAAUACGGAUGGAAAUGCAGCAGUGGUUUGGGUUCUCUUCUGAACUUCUGUGAUCGUGUGGUACAUGACUACAGCAAAGGACAAGAUCUUGGAAAUGACUGGAAACACAAAAUCGGGAAGCUUCUCAUGGACGGAUACGAUCAAGGCAGCAUAGUUGGAAGCAGUGUUCAGUGCACGAAAUUUCGUACAGCGCACCUUUCUUCUGAGAAUCCAGGGAAGUUCUCUCGUAGUCACAGAAGCAUGAGGAGGGUGUGUCGCGAAUCACUCUGGCGGUUUACAACUUUCAGCCUUUUAUCGUGCUUGCAGACGAAUAAGUCUUAUGUUUAUCUCUCCGGUUAUUGAAGGUUUGGUUCUCUCCAAGCUCAAUUGGGUUGAGAUCCCACCGAACAAUUUGUCAUAGCCGGUGAGGUGGAGUAGUACAAGACAUGACUCCUGUCCAUGAUGGGCGGACAAAUAUGUUGCGAACCCGGCUGAACUUUUCAUUGUUCCACGUCAGCCCCUCCCGCCAUGGAAGCCCUGGUUUAUAAUAGCUCUUGACCUGUCACAGCUUCCUUGACGCCAGCUGCAUUGCAGUUCACGGUUCCAGCAUAGUCCCUAUUGAUACGUCUCUGGAUUAAUGCGUGAACAUAUUCUUGAUGCUACUGGGAACAUUUUUGCAACCUCCUCUUACUCGCUAUUUCCUUCACAAGGGGCCUUACUCUUAUCGCACUUUCACUCUUAGAAUUGUGCCUCCUCAGAGAUUAGUUCAAGCGUGUGAAGAAAGGUUUGAGAAUGGUACUGCCUUGAGAACGAGACGAGAGCGGAAAAUUGUAGCUUACUUUGUGGUUUGUACAAGAUUCUACCAGGUUUAGUGGAGGGUCCACACUUGAAACAACUUCCUCUUGGUAAUCUUAAGCUGUUUGGUCCUGCUCAAGCGCGAUGAGCAGUUCUGUAUCAUCAAACUAAUCCCCUUUUGUGCGAA